GCUCUUGAUGGUUUUUUUUUAGCAAUCAUGACAGAUGGAAAUAUAAUAUAUGUGUCUGAGAGUGUAACUUCGUUACUUGAACAAUUACCAUCUGAUCUUGUGGAUCAAAGUAUAUUUAAUUUUAUCCCAGAGGGGGAACAUUCAGAGGUUUAUAAAAUACUCUCUACCCAUCUGCUGGAAAGUGAUUCAGUAACCCCUGAAUACUUAAAAUCAAAAAAUCAGCUAGAGUUCUGUUGUCAUAUGCUUCGAGGAACAAUAGACCCAAAGGAGCCAUCUACCUAUGAAUAUGUGAGAUUUAUAGGAAAUUUCAAAUCUUUAAACAGUGUAUCCACCUCAGCACACAAUGGUUUUGAAGGAACUAUACAACGCACACAUAGGCCUUCUUAUGAAGAUAGAGUUUGUUUUGUAGCUACUGUCAGAUUAGCUACACCUCAGUUCAUCAAGGAAAUGUGUACUGUUGAAGAACCCAAUGAAGAGUUUACAUCUAGACAUAGUUUAGAAUGGAAGUUCCUUUUUCUAGAUCACAGGGCACCACCAAUAAUAGGAUAUUUGCCAUUUGAAGUUCUGGGAACAUCAGGCUAUGAUUAUUAUCAUGUGGAUGACCUGGAAAACCUGGCCAAAUGUCAUGAGCACUUAAUGCAAUAUGGGAAAGGCAAAUCAUGUUAUUACAGAUUCCUGACCAAAGGGCAACAGUGGAUUUGGCUUCAAACUCACUAUUAUAUCACUUAUCAUCAGUGGAAUUCAAGGCCAGAAUUUAUUGUUUGUACCCACACUGUAGUAAGUUAUGCAGAAGUUAGGGCUGAAAGACGGCGAGAGCUUGGCAUUGAAGAGUCUCUUCCUGAGACAGCUGCUGACAAAAGCCAAGAUUCUGGGUCUGAUAAUCGCAUAAACACAGUCAGUCUCAAGGAAGCAUUGGAAAGGUUUGAUCACAGCCCAACCCCUUCUGCCUCCUCUCGGAGUUCAAGAAAAUCAUCUCACACAGCAGUCUCUGACCCUUCCUCAACACCAACAAAGAUCCCAACAGAUACUAGCACUCCUCCCAGACAGCAUCUACCAGCUCAUGAAAAGAUGGCACAACGGAGGUCAUCAUUUAGUAGUCAGUCUAUAAAUUCCCAGUCUGUUGGUACAUCAUUAACACAGCCAGUGAUGUCUCAAGCUGCAAAUUUACCAAUUCCACAAGGCAUGUCCCAGUUUCAGUUUUCAGCUCAGCUAGGAGCCAUGCAACAUCUGAAAGACCAGUUGGAGCAACGAACACGGAUGAUAGAGGCGAAUAUUCAUCGGCAACAAGAAGAACUAAGGAAAAUUCAAGAACAACUUCAAAUGGUCCAUGGUCAAGGGCUACAGAUGUUUUUGCAACAGUCAAACCCUGGAUUGAAUUUCGGUUCUAUUCAACUUUCUUCUGGAAAUCCGUCUAAUAUCCAGCAACUCACACCUAUAAGUAUGCAAGGCCAGGUUGUUCCUACUAACCAAAUUCAAAGUGGAAUGAACACUGGGCAUAUCGGCACAAGUCAGCACAUGAUACAGCAACAGACUUUACAAAGUGCAUCAACUCAGCAGAGUCAACAAAGUGUACUGAGUGGGCACAGUCAGCAAACGUCUCUUCCAAGUCAGACACAGAGUACUCUUACAACCCCACUGUAUAACACUAUGGUGAUUUCUCAGCCUGCAGCUGGAAGCAUGGUCCAGAUUCCAUCUAGUAUGCCGCAGACCAGUACCCAGGGUGCCACAGUAACUACAUUCACUCAGGACAGACAGAUAAGAUUUUCUCAAGGUCAGCAACUUGUGACCAAAUUAGUAACUGCUCCUGUAGCUUGUGGGGCAGUCAUGGUACCUAGUACCAUGCUCAUGGGUCAGGUGGUAACCGCCUAUCCUACUUUCACCACACAACAGCAGCAGGCACAGACAUUGUCAGUAACACAGCAGCAGCAGCAGCAGCAGCAGCAACAGCAGCAGCAGCAACAGCAACAGCAGCAGAGUUCCCAAGAACAGCCACUUCCUGCAAUUCAGCAACCAUCUCAGGCUCAGCUGACCCAACCACCACAACAGUUUCUACAGACUUCUAGGUUGCUCCAUGGGAGUCCUUCAACUCAGCUUAUCCUCUCUGCUGCAUUUCCACUACAACAGAGCACCUUCCCUCCAUCACAUCACCAGCAACAGCAGCAACUUAGUCGGCAUAGGACUGACAGCUUAACUGAUCCUUCCAAGGUUCAACCACAGUAGCACACAUGCUUCCUUCCUCUCUGAUGCCAGGGAAGGAAGGAGAUGGCCUGUAAGGAGUUGCUCAGAUAACAUGAAGACAGAAGGAAAAGUUCCAGCAGUUUCAUGGGAUAUAGUAUCCAGUGCUGUUGUUCCUGGAAUUAGUUGGUAGGAAAAAUGCUACCUAGUGCUACUACCAACUAGCAGGAGAUGAUCAUAGGGACAUAGCCAAUUCUGACAGUGUUUCCGUCAUCUGGAUACUUUUUGAUGGACAAGGAGUAUACUGCCAAAUUUAAGAAGCUCAGCUGAGAUAACCUCUAGGGAAUCAGAAAGGCACUAGCAAUGUUAGUAACUUUUAGUGGCUCUGUGCCUGGUAUCAAGUGUUAACAGAGGACAUACCACUGCCGUGUCAGGGGUUUGCUUACAAUGAUGCCAUGAAGAUAGUCCAGUAGUUAGUAGUUCUCUCCCCCACCCCAACCUCUCCCUCUUCAGAUAAUGAUGGAACAGUAAUUACUUUCGGAAUGUUGUAUGAGUUUAAAUUCUUUAUGUACAGAUGCUGUAAAAAUAUGUAUGUCUGGAUGAAGGAGAGAAAGCAAACACUCUAUAUGCUGCAUGAAAGCAUUAUCUCUUCCUUAAUAGGUAUGAGUACAUUUCAUUAGAGUUUCACACCUUGUAAAAACUGAUACAGCCUCUGUUUUUCCUUUUGUUUACAACAUAAUACUGUCUAUUCACUUUUCCGGGGCACAAGUCUUUUUGUUCGUACUUUAGCUGUGAUGUCACAGUUUGUUCAGUGAGCUAUGAUGUGCUGCUGGGAAUGAAUUUUUUCAGGUUAAAUUAUUAAUACAACAGGAUUUUCACGUUACUCAAAAAAUCCCUCAUUUCAUUAUUUUUCAAUUAUGUUUGAAAAUGGGAUUUGCACUGCUUUAUUUUAGAUGAUUGGGAGUUUGAUCACAUAUUUUGAUACAUUUCAUUGUUGGAAAUAUUUAUGUAAAUGUUUUUCAACAAGCCUGAAAGUAAUGUCAAGAAUGUUUCAGUUAUAGGAGUAAAGUUUGCACACAAAACAUUUUAGGCACUUUUUAACAUUCUCAGUUGUGGGAAUUUUAACUUUUAGCAUUUGUUCAAAUCUUUUUAUUAUCCUUCACAAUUUCAGUGCUUCUUUUAGUCAGAAAUGAUUCAGGGUUAUUUGGGGGGUGGGGAACAACCCAUAGUGCCUUGAUUUGAAUUCAGGUGAUAACUCACCAUCUUGAACUCAUUGUUCGGUUUCAGUAGCAGUUUUGAAACCUUAGUGCAUUUUUAACAGCAUGAAGGUGUCAAUGUCAUCAUUCUCCUGAGUUCCCAUGAAGACUGCUACAAACCUCUUGAUCUGGGAUACAAAUAAUUUAGAAAUAAAAGAGAACAGUCUAAUAUUACCACAACUAUUAAUGUGAUCCAAAAAUUGUUUUCUAAAUCAGUAUCUUUCUUUAAAGGUAAAUAGUCAUUUAAGAAUUACCAGUAAGUAUUUGCUCAAUAUGAUCUUGACAUUGUUAUCCAAAAGGGGUAGAAACUGGUUUUACCCUCAUUACUCAUAGAAUAUUGUAAUUCACAUGCUUUCUAAACAUGGACUAAGAUUUCACCUGGCAAUACUGUAUCCUAAAGGUAAUAAGUUCCAACACAAGUUAUAUACAUUUUAAAAACAUUUUUUAGAUUUUAUGGUACUAAUAAUGAAAUUUACAAUUAUAGAACAAAAGGUUAGUGGAAAAUAUCUGUAAUAUAAAAACUACUGAGAAAAGGGAGGACAAGUAUAAUAAAUUAGAAUUGAUCUUAAAAGAAAAUGUAUAUCAGAGAUGAGGCUGCUAAGCAAAGGUUUUGAGCACUGAAAAUAACAGACUGCAGAAUUGCUAGAUGAAGGGCUUUGCGGAAUGCUGAGUUGGUUCUUUGCCCUCAGCUUUGCCAUCAUCCUUAAGGGAUAUCUUUGUUUUCUGUCAAAACAAAACUAUAUGUGGCCACAAUUAAAUUAGGAGAGUAUAAUGUUGGGGAAAAAAAAAAGAAAAUUGGUACAUACCCUUCUACAAAAGAAGUGAGAUGCCAGCCAGUAUUUGACAUAUCAUGGGAGUUCUUCUAGCUGAAUGAUCACCCAGAAGAGUUUCCUGACAUUCCAUUGUCAAGAACAGUUGUUGGAACUUGUGUGUACUACUUGAGUAUCAUACAUAUGCACAGCAAAACUGAUGUAAAAAUGCAGCAGCAACAUUGCUUUUCUCCUUUUCCAAACUGCCUUUCUCAACCUUAUGUAUCUGAGUUGUGCCUCAUUUAUUUAUUGGCAAUACAGUGAUAAGGAGUUAGCUAACAAAAAGAUACGAAAAAACUAAGUAGUACCCCUCUAAAAAAAUGAACUGUGAAUACUCUGUACUUAACAAAAGCAAAGCGUAAGACAAGCCACAAGGUAAAUUGGUAAGCUAUUUGCUUACUCACAUUUUCCUACCCCAGCCCCUUCAAAUAUUUUCCUCUUCACAAAGAUGGAGAGGAAAUUCAAAUUUACUUCAUAAUUUCUAUUCUUCACAGCUUACCUUUUUCCUGAAAGUAAAUAGUCGCUAAUUUGAAAGGAGCAGUUAGCUGCUAACUUUGCUGUCAGUGUGGAGAGUUGUGUUAGAAGAGCUACCCCCCUUUUCUUCUGGCCUCCCUUGAACUGGAACAGUCUUCUCUCCCUUGAGACUUGAGCAUUCAGAGAAGUUUUAGCAGUUGCCUGUUUUUCAUGCAUUUCUGUCGCCAGAGUUCUUAGUUAAAAUCCCAGAUCUAAGUCAUGAAAAGAUACCAAUGGGGAACACCCUUCAGCUUCUUAAAAAUCUAACCUUUCCCUUGCUUGACUCUCACAGGGAUUCAGUUCUUAAAAACAUUGUGUCCUGGUGGUGCUUUUUAGGUAAGAAACUCGAGGUAAAGGACAGAUGCUAGUUGCUCUGUAAUUUGUUUCCUUGCUUUGGACUUCUAUGGUGUGGGUUGAGUCUGUGUUGGUUAACUAAUACAAGUGAGAAGAGCAAGGACUAACAGAGAGUGGUGUCAAAUCAGAAACUAAACACUAUACAAGUGCUCCAUUGUUUUGAGUGGAAAAUAUGGAAGGAGAUACAAAUAAAUACUACAGUUCAGGCUCCACACUCCAACCUAAAUUCAGGGGGUAAUUUUUUUAGUGUUGUGCUCUACUUUGUCACUUGGCUAUGGCUUAGGAAUGUACUAGUAAUAAAAGGAUGCCAGUGACUUUGAAUGGCUUGUUAUAGAAUAACAGUGCAGAAUAGUGAACGUGUUUGAUUCUUUAGAUGUGUGGUAGUUGUUGGUCAUUGCCUUAAAGCAGUCUCUUGAAGUCAGGCGUACUGAAGCAGUCCAGCUCUAUAAAGGGCAUUGGGUUGAAGAAUGAUGACCCUUGUUCAAGAAGCCUUAGAAAGGGACCCUUAAAAUGGUAGUCUAUCAAGGUGGAGAUGCUUUUCAUCUGGGUAUCACUUUGCUUAAAAAUGUUUCCACUACAUCGAA